AUGAAAAAUAUAAUUGCAGCCACAUUGAUGACAAUACUAAUUAGUUUUAGUUUCUACCAAGUAAAUUUAGAUUCUGAUUCUGACUUCGAAAGAUGGGCUUUGAAACAUGGAAAACACUAUUUUGGAGAUGAGAAAAAAUACAGAUAGGCCAUUUAUUUUUAAAACAAAUAAAUGAUAGAAGAGCAUAAUAAAAGAAGCGAAUUUACUUUUUUAAUGGGAGAAAAUCAAUUUAUGGCUAUUACAAAUGAAGAAUUUGUUAGUCUUUAUUUGAAUCCAAUAUCACCCGAAAAAUAAAAUGAAUAAGACUAAAUCAUAAGGAAAACUAAUCCUAAGUCACCUGAACCAAUUAGAGAAUAUAAUUUAAAAGACGAUGUUGAUUGGAGAGGUUAUGCCCCAGUUAAAAAUUCAGGAAACUGUGGUUCCUCCUGGGCAAUGGCAGCAACAAAUGUCAUUGAAGCAGCAUAUGCGAUUGAUAAAGGAAUAAAAGUAACAUUAUCAGCACAGAAUGUCAUGGAUUGUGCGAAUUCUUGGGGGGGAUGCGAUGCAUCUCUAGCUGAUUUUUCUGAUCCUAAAAAUGCAUAUGGUCAUGCAAGAAACCGAGGGAUUUUAACUGAGUCUGAAUAUCCGUAUACUGGCAGAGGCGAUGACUGGUGUCAAUAAACAGGAUUCGCACCAUGGAGGAUUAUGUCCUACGCAUAGAAUAGUGAUGAUAUAGAUUAUAUGAGGGGUUUCUUAUAGAUGUUAACGGAACAUCCUUUAUCAGUAAAAGUUGAUGCUACUAACUGGUAAUUCUAUAGCUCAGGAGUAUUCUCUCUUUGUAGCUCUAUAUAUAAAAAAGCAAAUUAUUAUGCAUUAGCUAUUGGUUAUGUUUGGGAAGCGAAUUAAUAACAGAAUUGGUAACAGAUUUGGAGAGUUCAAGCAUCUUUUGGAAUAUCUUGGGGAGAAUUUGGAACUAUAAGAUUAGCACCAGGAAAUACUUGUGGUGUGAUAAAUGAAGGAAUUCGCGUGUACCUGUGGGGAGGGUGA